AUGGUGCUCCUCUCGCAGAAUGUUGCCAUUCUCGAGAGCCUGCGGACGGCUCGGUCCUACACAGAACAGACCGAGGCCCUGCAGGCGCUGAAGAACGAGACCGUCGGCCAUGUCAUGAAAAAGGAGAAGUGGGUGGAACUCGGCGUGCUCCGGCCGAUUGUCAAAGUCAUCCUGCCGGAGCGGCCGGCGAAUUGGGCUGUGGGCGAUGGCCAGGAUGCCUCCCGGUCAGGGAGCUCGCACAGUCGGCGACCGUCCUCCGUCACGCCGCCCGACAACCUCCCGGCAGACGACCUGGCACGUCUCCAGGCGCUCGAGCUGCUGGGCAUCUUUGCAAGCGGUGGUGCCGCUUUCCUUGAACCUCUCCACGCCGCCGGCGCUCUUCCGGCCAUACUCUCCUGCUUCGACCCCAACACCACCCACCCCCGCCUCGUCUACGCCGCCCUGCGGUCCCUUGUCACCAUAACAAAGGCGGCGCGGCUCAUCAGUGUCCCUGCGUCGGCGCCGUCACCCGUCACCAUCGGCUCCCUCGCCGACACCAUCCUGGCUGCUCCCCACCUCCAGGCCUUCUACAACAUCAUCGUCGCGGCGCCUCGUGCGUGGUGGACCGAGUCCAUCACCAACGCAGCCGUGUCGCUCAUCAGCCCGCUCUGCCGCGAGACCCGCCACCAAUUGGCACUGGCCAAGGCCGGCGUCCUGGAUGCGCUCGCCGUCAAGGUGGCCAGCUUCGUCGUGGCAAAAGGCCAGGUUGUCCCCGGCGCCGAGAUCGCCGCCGAAAAGGAAGGCCUACGUGAUGCAAUCCCGGAGCCGGCCACGCCCCGUCUCGACAUCAGCGCCGUCCUCGAUGCGGUGGCUGCCAUCGUGGGCGACUCGCGCCUCCGCGCGUACAUGCUGCUGUGUGCGCCGCCGAUUCUGGCCAUUUUCCCGCAGCUCGCGUUCGACAGCCCCGUCAACGACGUCCACGCUGCGUGGAAGGCCCUUAGCAUGGGCGGCCUGAGCACCUCGGACCAGCAGAUGCUGGGCGCACUCGACUUCCUCCUCCCCGCCAUUCCCUCGCAGCUGCCGCGUGGCCACCAUCUCUCCUCCCACAACUCACCGUUUCCGCCCCUCGGCUCCACAUUCUCCCGCCAGACGUCUUCUACCGACAGCGGUGGUGCUAAACGCAGCGCCGGCUCCCGGCACCCGCCGGGUUCAGGCCCAGAAGGGGGCCUCGGCGCUUUGGAGGGCUACGGCAACGAGGAGCAGGAGAGCCCCAUGGUGCCCUGGCUGAUCAGCCUGGUUCGCUCCACAUCCGGCCUGGAGCGGCUGAUGGCGGCGUCGGUCCUUACAUCCCUGUACAAGGCCGGGUUCGCCAGCGCGACGCGCGAGUCGGCCAUGGCUCUGCUCGUCGUCCCUCUGCUGCUUCGGAUGCUCGACGAGGCGGUCAACUCUGCAUCCGCCGGCACGUCCGGUAACGGCGGCGGCGGCCUCUCGUCGGGCGGCUGGGUGGGCGAUGACGACAGCAACAAGACGGAGCACCAGGCGAUCACCGAAGCAGCCCUUACGGUCCUGGCGCGGCUUGUCGCUAACAGCGAUGUGCUCCAAAAGGCCGCCAUCGACGGCAAUGCUAUUAAGAUCCUAGCACGGCUCCUCAAAGAGUCUUACGAGCCCGUGUCAACUAGGUCCAACCCGCGGCCGUGGAACCCGACACCGACCGCCUCUGCCAAUCCCAGCCGAACAGGGACGCCGGUCGCAGGCACUCACAGCCAGAACCGUGUUGGCGGCAACGGCGGCGGCGGCGACGGCAGCGGCGCGCAUUUUGUGGACGACAGCGGAGCCGCUGCUGGCAAUGACCCAGACGGCUGGGCCAUGCAUGUUGCGUCGAGCAAGCUGGGCCCCGCGGGCCAGAGCAGCCAGCUCGCGUACCGGAUACGACUCCGCGAGGCGACCCUCAAGGCGCUGACGGCGCUUGUGGCGGUCAAGUACGAUUAUCAAAAGGCGUUUGUGGAUCAGGACGUCAUGGUCUAUGUUGUGGCGUCCCUGAACGCGACGCCGUCCAAACCCCGCGCCAACAAGGACCGGACACGGUCAAUCAAGGACAUGGAACUGAACAGCAGCGGAACGGCCGACGACGACAAUCUGGACCCAGAGUACGGGCGCAACCCCGUUGGCGUGCUGGUUGCGGCGUGCAAUCUGGUGCGCAUGCUGUCGCGGUCGAUUGCGAUCCUGCGGACGACGCUGGAGGACGCCGGCGUGGCGGCGCCCAUUUUCCGGCUGCUACGGCAUCCAGACAUUGACGUGCAGGUUGCCGUGACAGGCGUCAUGUGCAAUCUCCUGACAGAAACCAGUCCAAUGCGCGAGCGCUACGCCGAGGUCGGUGUCAUGAACAUUCUCUGCACACACACCCACUCGCUCAACUCGCCGCUGCGACUGAACGCGCUCUGGGCGCUCAAGCACUUUGUGGAUGGCCUGGAGCCGAGCGUGAAGAAGGCCUGUCUCGAGCAGCUGGGGUCGGGAUGGCUCAUGCAGCUUAUCGACCCGGACUCGGAGGUGGACACUUCGCCGUCGUCUGUGUUUUUCUCAGGACGUGCCGACACCAGCUACGGCCGGGCCAGUGGUGGCAUGGCCGCCGCUGUGGCAACACCGUCGUGGUCGUUUUCGACCGCGGCCAACGACGAAGACGUUGAGAUGGACCAGACCGGCGACGAGCACGAGGACAGCGCGGGCGCGAGCAACAACGCCGGCGGCGAUGACGCCGACGUCGACACCGACUCCUCGUGGACGGCGACGGCGACAACCAACCAACACCAACCACCCGCCAAUGCAAUUCUGGGCUCGCCCUCGUUCCUGCGGGCCCGGUUCCCGACGACCAGCCACGAGCGGAGCCGCACCGGGCGCCUACGGCAGGCCGAGGCCAAGCUGGCGGCGCUGCAGGAAAUGGAGCUGGCUGCUUUGCGGAAGAGCCAAAACGACGACGUGGUGAUUCAGGAGCAGGGGCUCAACUUUAUCCGCAACCUGAUCGGGCCUGGGUCCUUCUCGAACGGCUCCGGCGCCGGUCCGGGGUCGUCGCUGCGACUGGGCCAGCCGGCCUCGGCCGCGCCGCGCGACGCCAUAAGCGAGGCCUCGGAGAUGAUUGACUACCUGUUUAGCGAGAUUGGCCAGGACCGGCUGUUCCAAAUUCUGCUAUCCAAGGUCCGGCCGCGGGCGCGCCCGGCGACCUCGUCCCGACUGUCCGCCGCACGACGGCGUCCGACGGCCGGCAGCGCCGCCCUUUCCAGUGGCUCAGGCAAUGGCGCUUCCUCUGCGGCAGCCGCAGGUGCUGCGCCCGGCUCUCCACCGUCCGAAUCGGCUGCCGGCACCGGCACCGGCGCCCGCGUUCAACAGCCGCGGGCCAAGAUUGUCGAGGCGGUCGUGUUCAUCCUUGUGCACAUAUCCGCCAGCGUGCCGCGGCACCGGCAAGUGGUGAUUGCGCAGACGGAGCUGCUCAAGGCGCUCGUCGGCCAGUUUAUGAACCGGGACAAGGGCGUGCGCGUGGCGCUGUGCCACCUCGUGACCAACCUGACCUGGCGUGACGACCAGGCCGACACGCAUCUGGCAAACGUGCGCACCCUCGAGAUUAAGCGACUCGGCCUGCUGGCGCAGCUGGAGGCGAUGCAGUUUGAGGACCCGGAGCUCGACGUGCGGGAGCAGGCCAAGAUGGCUGUGCACCAAAUGGCGCCAAUGACCGUCUAG